CCUGCAUGUCUUUCUCUCUCUGCUACAAACCUACAGAGCUGAUCAAGGCACACAUCGUCUAGAUUUUACUUUGACUGCAGUGACAGAGGAAUAUGUAACUUACCUGGACAGCACACAGAGAAACACACAGGAAUUUUGAGCUGCCCACCUCCUCAUUUCUAAGAGUAGUGUGACAGACAGGAGCUCUGCUGUUUUGUCAGUAGACAGCCAGAGGUUUGUAAGGCAGCGAUGUCGUGGGACUGUGGCCUGAGGUACAUGUUCUCUGUGCCCCCUGUGCUACAGCCGGGGAAUAUGUGCAUCUUGCAUGACAAGGAGGACCUGUCCAGACUGGAGAUGGUCCAGAGACUGGCCAAGGAUGGCUGCCGCUUCUUGCAGAGUCACAGCAAGGGCCCAGAGAGGACAAGUGAGAGUGACGAGGGAGUCCACGUGUGUCUGAAGGAGAGGGGCCAUGAUGCGCUCGUUCUCCAGAGAAUGUCGUCAGAGCAGCCAGCCCUUUCUGCAUCAGCGAGGGGAGGAGGGAGAGAGGAGGACUCGUCCACUGACUCUGUUGUGUCUGACAGGUACAUGGUAGUGUCAGGGACCCCUGAGAAGAUCCUGGAGCACUUGCUGAAUGACCUGACGCUGGACGAUGACCAGGGGACAACACAGGGAAAAGAGUCAGAUACACUUCUGGAUGACUUUCUGCUAACAUACCCAGUGUUCAUGUCAACCAGUGAUUUAUGUCAAGCACUGUUGGGACACUAUUGCACAAAGCGACACACAGGGAAAGAGGACAGGAAGGAGGCUCUGGAGAGGAAACGAAAAGUUCUGCACAUGGUAUCACAGUGGGUGGCUCUCUGCAAAGACUUCCUGAGAGAAGACGAACAUGUCAAACUGUUCAUGAAGACUUUGUGCCGUUACGUGUUGGAUGAUCUUUAUGAGCAUCCAGCCCUGGAGAAGGAUGUGAGGGAACUGCAGAGACUCUACCAGCUGCACCGCAGACAUGUGGUGGAUGAAUAUUCCCCUCAAAGAAAGAGCAAAGCACUUUUCCACCAAUUGAGCCUGAGGGAGAACGGGCUUCAGUCCAGGGGCACACAGAGAGAGACCAAGGAAGUGUUGUGUCAUGUGUACAUCACCAUGGACUCAUACCUGGGCAUGAGAGUCCAUGCUGGAGUACUGGCCCUGGAGCUGCUGCAGGCAGUGGCAGAAAGGAUGGAUGUCCCCCAGGGGGAACUAGUGCUAGUGGCUGUCACUUAUCCUGGAGGAAGGCUCCUCCUGCAGCCUCAGGACAGAGUUUUCUCCGAUUCUUUGCGGCCUGUUGGGAGGCUGCACGCGUGCAGGAAGGACCUGGGUGAAGUCCUGAACCCAUUCACAGACAACUCAGAGCUACAACAGAGGACAGCUCGCAUGCUCAGUUUGAACACAUGGGACGUGGCUGUUGCUCUCACCAACUUUGACUGGACCAUUUUUGACUCAAUGCAUGAGCAAGAGCUCAUCUAUUUCACCUUCAACCGCCAUGCUAGCAGUAGCCAUACAGUGGCAUUGGAGCUGCUGCUGCAGCGUUGCAAUGAAGUCCAGCUGUGGGUGAUGACGGAGGUGCUGCUGUGCUCAAUGCAAUGCAAAAGAGUACAACUCAUUAAGAAGUUCAUCAAGAUUGCUGCCCACUGUAAAGCACAGAGGAACCUCCACUGUUUCUUUGCCAUUAUAUUGGGCCUGAACACUGCAGCUGUUAGCCGCCUCAGUCAGACAUGGGAGAAAAUUCCUGGAAAAUUCAAAAAGCUGUUUUCAGAGCUGGAGACAAUUACAGAUCCUUCGCUCAACCACAAGGCCUACAGGGACUCCUUCAAGAAGAUGAAGGCGCCAAAGAUCCCCUUUCUUCCUCUGCUACUGAAAGAUAUUACAUUCAUUCAUGAAGGCAACAAGACAUUUCAUGACAACCUGGUCAAUUUUGAAAAGCUGCACAUGAUGGCAGACACAGUCCGGCUCAUCAGACAGUGUCAGAAAGAUCACAUGGGAAAUGGCAUCACCCAGAAGAGCAGCUCAGAAGUGCGAGCCUACAUUGAUUAUCUUCAUAUCAUCGACAAUCAGCAGACUCUGUUUGAACUGUCACACAGGCUGGAGCCUCGUGCUUAGAGAACAGCUCUUACUGUACUUCCCACUCUGUCGGAUUGCCAAGGAACCAUCUAACACUGUCCCAUCUUUUUACUCAGGACUCAGUCUGCAAUCAGAGGACACUGCAUGAUCCUGGCCAACCGCAAGUGGGAGCCAGUC